AGGGCGCGCUCCCAGCAACCGCGGCUUUUGCUGCGUUUGUAGCCACUACGUCAGGGCCUCUUCUGCUUCUCAUUGGGGGAGCCCGUCCAAUCACGUGAUUCCAGUAUGGCGUAUAAAUAAAGGCGAGGAGAAGGCCGUGGUCCGCCAUUUCGUGGACGCCGGGUGAGCGAGAACCUUGGUUGGUGUCGGGCCGGAGGAAAGCGGAAGACUCAUCGGAGCGUGUGGAUUUGAGCCGCCGCAUUUUUUAACCCUAGAUCUCGAAAUGCAUCGUGAUUCCUGUCCAUUGGACUGUAAGGUUUAUGUAGGCAAUCUUGGAAACAAUGGCAACAAGACCGAAUUGGAACGGGCUUUUGGCUACUAUGGACCACUCCGAAGUGUGUGGGUUGCUAGAAACCCACCCGGCUUUGCUUUUGUUGAAUUUGAAGAUCCCCGAGAUGCAGCUGAUGCAGUCCGAGAGCUAGAUGGAAGAACACUAUGUGGCUGCCGUGUAAGAGUGGAACUGUCGAAUGGUGAAAAAAGAAGUAGAAAUCGUGGCCCACCUCCCUCUUGGGGUCGUCGCCCUCGAGAUGAUUAUCGUAGGAGGAGUCCUCCACCUCGUCGCAGAUCUCCAAGAAGGAGAAGCUUCUCUCGCAGCCGGAGCAGGUCCCUUUCUAGAGAUAGGAGAAGAGAGAGAUCGCUGUCUCGGGAGAGAAAUCACAAGCCGUCCCGAUCCUUCUCUAGGUCUCGUAGUCGAUCUAGGUCAAAUGAAAGGAAAUAGAAGACAGUUUGCAAGAGAAGUGGUGUACAGGAAAUUACUUCAUUUGACAGGAGUAUGUACAGAAGAAAAUUCAAGUUUUGUUUGAGACUUCAUAAGCUUGGUGCAUUUUUAAGAUGUUUUAGCUGUUCAAAUCUGUUUGUUUCUUGAAACAGUGACACAAAGGUGUAAUUCUCUGUGGUUUGAAAUGGAUCAUACGAGGCAUGUAAUACCAAGAACUGUUACUUUACAAUGUUCCCUUAAGCAAAAUUGAAUUUGCUUUGAACUUUAGUUAUGCACAGACUGAUAAUAAACCUCUAAAUCUGCUCAGCAGAAGUGUGUUUUUUUUUUUUUUAAUACAGAAACAACUGGCAAAAAUUGAACUAAGAUUUACUUUUUUUCCAUAGCUGGGAUAUAGGCUGCAGCUACAGUUGAACAAGCAGUCUUUAAAAACUGCUAUGAAACACAAGCCAUCAGGUAAAAUGAAACGCUGCACUAUUAAAUUAGAGGUUUUUGAAAAAUCCAGCUCACUUCCAUCCAGGGCAGAGGUUGCCUGGUUGGUAUAGAAUGUUAAGUUUCAAGAAAGUUUACCUUUGCUUUAGGUCAUAACUUCCUUAUUUGAUUGCUGUAUAUGAAUACAUGGCUGUUCAUGACAUUCUUUAUGUGCAAAUUUGAGAUUUCAAAAAUGUGCUGCCAGUUUAAGGGUACAUUGUAGAGCCAAACUUUGAGUUACUGUGCAAGAUUUUUUUUCAUGCUGUCAUUUGUAAUAUGUUUUGUGAGAAUCCUUGGGAUUAAAGUUUUGGUUACAAAUUGUUGUUUAACUUGAAAGCCUGUUUUUCCUUGCAAACUCACGUCUGUGAGCUUGGUACCAAGUCCAGGUAUAACAUUCCUAUUGGAAGCCAUACUUAUAUUUUCUUGUAAAGUGCUUUUGAAUUAAUAAAAUCUUAGCAUAAUUGUGUAAUAGUCAGUUGAACCCACUGUUACCAUUGUUCUUAUCCCAUGGGAAGCAGUUGGUUACACGAUUCUUAGAAGAAACAGCUGAGAGCCACUAUGGAUUAGUCUUCUGAAGUGAAGGGAGUAUAGAUGUCACCUAAGUGAUAGUUAACCCAUUUUUUUUUUUUUUUUUAGGCGUAGAAGCCAGUUCAGGGUCCAUGAUAUUUAGUGACUAACAUUUUAAAGUAUAGCAGCAACCUGGUACUUAAACACAAAGUAAGUUGCCCAUUAACAAAUGGCUUUUAUCUUUAGCAUGAAAACUUUCCACAGGUCUAAAAAUUGCUUCCAUUUUAUAAUUUGAGGUGUUGCAUGGGAAUUCUAAGCUGAUCCAUCAUGAUGUAAAGUUCACAAUAUGGUUCAAAUGUAACAGUGCAGAAUUGAAUAUGGAGGCAUGCAUAACCUUCCUCUUAGAAAAUGGGAGGAGUUGUAAUUUCAGAUUUUUGUGCAAUUAGAUUAAAUCAUAAUGCAACAGU